CCAAAAGAAAAAUUAUCAAAAAAAUUAAAAAGUCGCAAACGGAGGCUACCAAUCUCCCACUGAUAGUCACUGAUAGUCGCAUAACAAAUCUCUCACUGAUAAUCACAUAACUCAAAUAGAUCACCCAAACAACCCCUUAGCGUCUAUUUUCUUCGUCGGCGGGGUUUCCAGACAUAGGUUAGCUUUGACGGUGAUCGAUGAGGAUGCAAUCUAGGGUUUUGUUUGGUAAACUUGAUAUGCCCUAGAAUAUCAAUCUAUGGCUUGAAAGAUCAUUUUUUCAAGAAUGGGUGAAGUUCCAUCUCUGUAUACUUUAUGUAUGGUUGCAAUUAAGAAAGAAAUUCUUAGCGAUGAUGAUACUCUUCCACCGCAUGUAUAUGAAAUUCCAUCGGAUUUAUUUGAUAGCUUGCUGACAUUUUUACCUCCAUUGGCCUUGCAAAAGAUACAAGAACAAAUGCCAUUUAAGAACUGGCAUGAUAGUGAAUCUGCAAAUGAUUGCUUUGGAAAUCAGAGAAAACGCAAAAGAUAUUUGAACUUUGAUGCAGUGUGGAGAACGUUAUAUAAGUCACGGUGGCCUGGUCCUGCCAGGCAGAACCGAGCAGUAAAUUGGUUGUCAAAACAAGUUGUAGAAGAAUGUAAAUUGACAAAUGACUGGCAACAGAUGUACUGGGAAGCACAUUUACAGAAUUGCCUAGAUGAAGCAGCAGAGAUAGUUUUGCUCCCAACUUUUGAUGGUUGUAUUGGUGAAGUAAGAAUUCCAGAUACCAUCCUAAAACCCAUUGGUUAUGAAGAACCGACGAGUUGUUUUAGAGGCGACUACUCAAAGUUGUCUUACCACUGUCAACAGUUUGGUUGCUAUGCCAGAUGUCUGAGACUUCAAAGUGUACUCUGUGUUGCAGAAACAUGUCAUUUAUUGAGGACCAGUAACCUGCAAGGCCUGGAACUACGGUGGAUUAAGUCCAAAAAGCAUGUUGAAGGAUUAUGCAAACUUUUGAACCAGAACAGAGGAACAUUAAAAUCACUUGAAUUUAUUCACUGCAAGCUUUCUUCCACUUUUGUGAAUACAAUUUGUGAUUCUCUGCACGUGAAGGAUCUUCAAACACAUGUAAUAGAACACUUCUCAAUCAAGACAUCAAGCUUUCUUGAAACCAAUCAGUUUUCAUUGCCUAUUGGACUAGCAUCUUUUUUAUCAUCAGGAAGGUCCUUGUCUUCGGUAAGCUUCUGUGACAACCAUUUUGGUCAGAAUUUUGCAAAAAUGGUUUUUAGUACCCUCCUUGACACUGCAUCUGGUAUAUCCGUCCUGGACCUUUCAGAAAACAAUAUUUCUGGCUGGCUUUCUCAUUUUAGAUGGAGAUCCUCAAGUUGCUCCCAGUCUCCUUCAGGAAUAGGAAAGUCAUUGCAAUCAUUAAGUGUGCUCAAUCUAAGGGGGAAUAAUCUACACAAAGAUGAUUCAGAGAGUCUUAAAAAUGCCUUGGCUCAUAUGCCUACCUUAAAAAUUCUGGAUAUAAGUGACAAUCCUCUUGAGGACGAGGGAAUCAAGAGUUUAAUCCCCUACUUUGUUGAGAUGUCUGAAAGGGACUCUCACUUUGCUGAUUUGAAAGUGGAAAAUUGCGAGCUUUCAUGUAAUGGAGUGAGUCAACUUGUAGGUGUUCUUUCAACUUUAAAGAGGCCACUGGAUUCUCUAUCUAUUGGAGAAAAUGGCCUUGGCAGCAAAGUUGGAGCACCUUUGGGAAAAUUUUUGGGCACAGGUAUUCAAGCACUGGAUAUUGAAGAUAUUGGGCUUGGUUCAUCUGGCUUUCUGGAACUACAGAAAGAAAUAGGAGAAGAUUUGAAGCUUGCCUACAUCAACAUGAGUAAAAACCGCGGAGGGAUUGGAUCUGCAAAGUUCUUGACAACACUCAUUCCACGGGCUCCAGAACUUGUUGCAGUCAAUGCAGGCUAUAAUUUUAUGCCUUCUGAAUCCUUGUCAAUAAUAUGCUCUACCCUGAAAGUUGCAAAAGGGAAACUUAAACAUGUAGACUUGACUGGAAAUAAUUGGCAUGAUCAAUCUGCUGUUGCUUCUAUGCUGGAUGAGUUUCAAAUCAAUGGAAAGCCCAUUUUUGUAUUCCCAUCAUUGCCUGCUUCAAAUGCACCCUAUGAUGACGAACCUUAGGUGUUUUCUGAUGCUUCCUGGACCAUGGUUAUGCAGCAGAUUACUAUCUAUUGAAGUUGGUGAAGCCAUAUAGGUACCUAGGACAAAUGUUGUGUUUAACAAGCUUAUUGAACCUUUUUCCUGUAUCAUGCUUAUAGUAUAUGUUUUUGUUGUUGUUGUUGUUGUUUUUGGUUUUUCGCUUUGUACCUUUGACAGUUCAUAUAGCAUGCUGCUCAUCUACUUUUCUGAUUUGUUUAAUUAUUAGGGAGAGAUUUGUUUUUGGUACAUUGGAGGAGGUCGUAGUUUGGGAAGGGGGAAAUCUUACAAUUGGCAUGACUUGAACCCUUGGUCUCAUAGUGAAACCCCAAUUGGUUAAAUAUUAAGCGGAGGUUUCAACGAAUUGUUUUCUGUUCAAGAGUCUCUAUGUUUAGUGGGGAAUAUUCUGUGUAUACACCUUUCUUAUAAUAUGAAAGAAAUUCUUUUUUUGUA